AUGUCGAGUCCUAUCAACAUCCCAUCCCAGCAGCCUUAUCGACAAGGCCUGGCUGGAGAUCAAUCGCCCUUCCCAGAAACCGAGGGCCCAUAUAUGGGCUAUACUGAGCUAUAUGAAAAUGGCCACAUUUACCGCGCUGUAUCAUCCGGCUCUGGCAAAUUCGUUACUCUUAGUCCCCGAUGCGAAUUGCCUUUUCUUUCUUUCGUCGUCGAAAAGGACAGGGCGAAAGAUUCGAUGACAAUAGCCUUUAGGAGUAGACAUCUCAAACAGAUUAUCAGUCAUGUUCUCGGGCAGGAUGUCGUUCCACCAUUACAGCUGACUCUCGACUUCGGUCAAGUCCUGCAACAUUAUGUCGGUCUACGGUUUGAGCUUGACGAACUAGACUGCCACAGCCCUUAUGGAGACUUGACCAAAGAGAUGCGCUUGUUGGUGGAUGAUAUCUUGCUUGAGCCCUCACUUUAUGAUGGCAUCGGCAUUGAUGCCCUACGCCAACAGGGUAUCAUCAGCACCGCUCUUCUUCAAGACAUCCAUCAAAGGAAUAUGGAUAUUGGAAUUAACGAUCUCGAGGAAUGCUUUCGCCUCGGACAAACUCCCCCGCAAGAGGCCAACAAGUUUCUGGGAAUUCAGAACGCCGAAAUCUAUCGACUUGCGCAGACGGGCCGGCUGGACCUCGUUCGCGGACAUUGCGAGCCCCUCUUGCGGUCUAAUGGGAUUAGAAUCCUCUUUGACCCUGAUCUUCUGACGCAAAUUCUGGACAAAGGGUAUUGGGAUGUUUACGAGUAUAUCCUAGACCUUGUUGAGCGCACGCGACCCAUAUUGAAAGAGCUUCCUAAUGCCGAUUAUGUCGAUAUAACCUACGAUCCUCUCUGCGUUGCUAUUCGUUUAGGUCACUAUUACACAGUUAAGCUCCUUGUUGAGUGUCAUUACAUGACCUUUAUGGGAUACAUCGAAGACAUUCCUGGUGGCUCGGAUCGCGUUUUCACGCCGCUCCUGGCGGCGGUUCUAUGGCAGCAAGUGGACAUUAUCCCACUGUUGUUAUGUUCUCCGAUGUAUCAUGUUGAGUUACUCCAAGCCAACCAACUCGCCGCCGAGAUGGGUCUCCCUCAUGUCUUACAAGCCCUGGCCGACUUACCCGUUGAGUCAACAUCGGCUUAUCAAGGCAUGAGCGCAAAAUAUCCAGUUCCAAAAGCACCUCAAUUCCACCCUACGAGCUUAUCUUCACCCAAUUGCACACCAAUUUCUCUGUCUCCUUCUGGAAAUGGCAGCAUUUCGGGUAUUAGCAGUGCGCUAUCUAACUCGUGGACAUGCUCAGCAGUUAACGGCGACUAUGACCCUGUCACCUCUAUUCCAAGCAUCGCGAGUCCUGGGAUGCUUUCUCAGGCAACUCCAUCUCCUAUACUCCCUGAAAUUUAUGUCUCUCCCAAAGAUCUUACACUAUCUGACCCUGUCUCCUCGCCCCGGUUUGAUCCUCCAAUUCUGCACAACGUGCCUGUUGGCGUCCCUCAACAAGUUUCCCCUGUCUCAAUACUUCAGCAACCUACUACUCAGUCAUUGUUUAUUGAUUACACCAAAAGUCACCGGCUCCGGCAAACUCUAGGGCAUGCUUCCGUGAUACGGUUACAACAGCGAUGUUGGAGAAUAGGCACGGUCUGUGAUGGACAUGGCAACUCGAGCGAACAUGAGAUCAUCCGGGAUCAGUGCGCAAGUCCCAAGACUGCCUCGAAAUUGGGACUCAACUACAUGAGGAACAUCAUGAGGAACGAACUACGACCCGAGCUUAUCGGGAUCCUUCAAGCAUUAUUAGUGGCGGAUGCAUUGAUCUGUCAAGCUCCUGAUGCAGAAAAACUUGAAGAAGAGUUCAUCAAAGAUCUCUGCCGAUGGAGGUUCUUACUUCUUGGUAAGAAUGCAGAUACGGAUAUGUUCGACGAAUUUGUUUGCGCCGCCUGGAAGACCGAAUCCUUACCCGCCCCUGCAACACUGGAGACAUGCGGGGAUCUCCUUCGGUUUGGCGAAUUAGUAGAAGGUUUCGUUUCUCGCACCGACAUAAAACCGCCCGACCCAAAGCCUCAUGGCAGCCGACUACGGACAGUCCAGAGACAACUCAAGGGCGUCUAUAACCAAGAUCCACAACCAUUCGCGAAUAUGGCGUCGAGGAGCUCUAGUCUUCUGCUUGAAGCAAGAGCAAUAAUUCCUAGAAUUGAAGUUAUGGACCCCAAGGUAGUUAUGAUACUAGAGUCGGUAGCGUUCAACGUUUUAUUUGCAACAUCGUCUUUUCAAGACAUGGAAGACAGCUGCUUCCUAGAACCACUGUUCGGGACACCAGCAAGCAUCAAUCGAACAUCUGCAACUCUGGAGAGUUCUCUUAAUUUCGAACUGCCAGACCAACUCUCCUGCGACUCCGGUAUUGGCAUGGAACUCUCUGUCAAAGACUCGAUGAGUCCGAGGAUGCCAGGUACGAAAGAUGUCAGUCAUAGGUCUCAGGCCUCGAGUCCUUCAACGAAACCCUCGGGGUUUGCAGAUGGAGUGUACGAUUCUACAACACAAUACACAGAGAACUUCAACUUGGCCGACUUUGAUUCGCUUCUCCCUGGCCUAGAUGGUAUCAAAAUGUUUGAGACGGAUGGGCAAGCGGCGGAUGCGCUUUUUGGCUACCCUUACAUCACCGUCACGGAGGAUGUACUCAACAUGGACGCUUCUUUAUCACAAGAUCCAUUCUCUGCUCAACCCCUAGACAUCCAGUUCGUAUCUAUGUCACCUCGAUUGUCCGAGGGCGAUGACACCUAUCCAUCGCUUAGCAAGAUAGACCUGCCACGGAGGAUGCCAGGCCCCCAGUCUCCGUCCCGGCCAAAUGGGUUCGGCCUUACUUGCGAUCACUGCGGCAAGUUGUUCUCAAACAGGGGGAAUCGCAACAAACACAUGAAUUCUGCGUGCCGAAACAAGUCAAAUCCCAGAUUCCCCUGUCGAUACUCUCAUCUAGGUUGUACCAGUAUGGCCACUACCGUAUGGAACCGAGAUUCUCACGAAGAGAAGUGGUGUAGCCACAAUCCUAAUUUAGAACGGAACAUGAAGUCCACAGGUUUGACGAGUUAA